CUUUUCUUUGGCAAUGGGUGUCCUACAUGGGCCUAAGGCUGGAGGAGCUUGAUGCACAAAAACCCACUGCUACUCCAAAACUCACUGCUGCUUCUCAGAAUCUGGGCAGCUCAAGCUGAGGACCAACCGCGACUGUGAAAAAUCCAGAAUGGAUGUCCUCUUCACAGCCAUCCUUGUUGUGCCACUUAUCUUGGGUCAAGAAUAUGAGGAUGAAGAACUGGUACAGGAUGAUUAUUAUCAAGUGAUUUAUUAUUACACAGUCACCCCAACUUAUGAUGAUUUUAAUGUAAAUUUCACCAUUGAUUACUCCAUGUUUGAGUCAGAGGACAAGUUGAACAAUUCGUUCAAAGAGGUAACAACGAAAGCAGUAGAGACCACCAUCAGUCUUCAAACCCAACCUGAGGACAAUGAGAAUCCUGUAACCACAAAACCAAUGACGAUGGCAACAAUCAGACUGGUCUUGAACUCACUAUGGAGCCCAGGCUGGCCUCAAAUUUGUAGUAAUCCUCUGGACUUAGCCUAUGGAGAACUGGGAUUAGAGCAGAGUCCAGACCUGAAUUCGGCCACUGUGUCCAACCUGCCAAGUCCUGUCCCCCUCCUCCUGUUGUGGGCCCUUGUCCAGGGCGGGAUGUUUGUCCCCUAGGAGGUGAGAGCAAGCCACUUCAACUCUGUAAAUGGGGAUUUCAUGAGAGGAAAUUGGAGGAUAAAAUAAAAAAGAAAAGAAAUAUGCUGAAUGUGGUGACACAGACCUCUCAUCUCAGCACUCAGGAAGCUGAGUCAGGAGGAACUCCAUAGUUUUGACACCUCCUUGGGUUGUAUAGUGAGUUCAAGACUGGCCUGAACUACACAGUGAGACCCUGUCUCAAAAAACCAAAAAUAAAUAAAUUAACUAAUUAAA